CGCGGCUGAGGAGCCGACGGCUCUGACGCGGACUGGACCCGCUGAGGAGCUGUCCCGGCCGGGGGCGCACAGCGAGCUUCACCGAGAGGCCACUCGGUCCUCGGCCGCAGUCUCUUGUCUCAGACUGACGGCCGGGAGCACCAUGGCGUCCUCGGCUCACCUGGUCACCAUCAAGCGGAGCGGCGACGACGGCGCACACUUCCCGCUGACCCUCAGUUCCUGCCUGUUCGGAAGGAGUAUUGAAUGUGACAUUCGUAUCCAACUGCCUGUAGUGUCAAAAAAGCACUGUAAAAUUGAAAUCAAUGACCAGCAGGCAAUUUUGCAUAAUUUCAGUUCCACAAACCCAACACAAGUAAAUGGGGCUACUGUAGAUGAGCCUGUGCAGCUGAAGCAUGGAGAUAUAAUUACAAUCAUUGACCGAUCUUUUAGGUAUGAAAAUGGAAAUCAUGAGGAUGGAAGCAGAUCAACGGGAUUUCCAGGAAAAUCAUUUGGACAGGAACCGGUGCAGCAAGCCUCAAGAGCUAGCUUCUCUGAUCCUGAUGGGAAAGGUCAAGAUGCCAGCACUUCAAAAACCACUUCAAGAAGAUCUUUGGUGCAUGCCAAGAGGCUCUCUGGAGACAGUUCUGCCUCAGGUGGUUCAAAGGACAGUAUUACCAAAGAUCCAUCCAAUACCUGUUCUUCAGGGCAUGUAGAACAGCACAGUGGCAGAAACACAGAAGAGCCCACUUCUGAUGUUCUUUUUAAGAAGUCCAGGGCUGCAGGGAGCAGUUCCAGGGAACUGAAGUCUUCUCCUGCACAGAGCCUUAGCAACAGCAAGAAACAUGAAUCUCCCUUUGAGAAACUCUAUCAGUCAAUGAAGGAAGAGUUGAAUAUAAAAUCACAGAAACAGUCUCGUAGGAAGUCAGAACCACAACCUGAAUGUGCAGCAGGAAAAGAAACAUGGGAGACAAAGCUAUUGGUGUCAUGCAAGUCAAGAGCAAAAUCCAGUGGAAGCAUCCCUGGUCCUGCAGUCUCUUCACCCAAAGUAGGAAAGAUCUGGACUGAGGACCAGAGUAGUGCUGUGGGGCCUCUUCAGACUUCCACAGAGGCUCUGAGUUCCAGCUUCUCGCUCGCUGAGACAGCUGAAAUGAAGACCCCUGUGCGGAAUUCACAGCAACUUAAGAAUGAAGAGUCCCACGUUAGUGGCAUAAGAGAAUCUGUGAAUCUGAAUGAAAGUGAAGGUGCCAAGGCAGAUUAUAAGAUAGUCACUCCUAGGAAGCUGGCAACUAGAAACCAAACUCCAGUGAAAGUUGAAGGUGCUGCCAGCCCUGCUGGUAAACCAGAAAACAUCUCUUGCAAAAAGAGGAAGAGUCUUCCUGCAAAGAUAGAAGUGCUGUCUACGGAAACACAAAGCCAGUUCUCUUCAGCUCAUCACCUUGCUUCAGACGAAAAGAAAACUCCAAAGGAUUCCUUCAGCAAGCCUGAGAAAUUGGCCACAGCAGCUAGGCAAAUUUACUCUGGGCUACCUGGUCUUAGUUCCGUUGAUAUCAGCAAUUUUGGUGACUCCGUUAACAAGAGUGAGGGAAUGUCUUUGAAGAGAAGACGUGUAUCCUUUGGUGGUCAUCUGAGACCCGAGUUAUUUGAUGAAAACUUGCCUCCUAAUACACCACUCAAAAGAGGAGAAACACCGACCAAGAGGAAGUCACUUGCCCCUCACACUCCAUCAGUCCUGAAGAAAAUUAUCAAGGAACGACCUCAGUCACCAGGGAAACAAGAGUCUCCUGGAAUAACUCUACCAAGCCCAAAUGAUCAAAGACGCAGAUCAGGCAGGAGUGCACCUGCUUCCAGUGGCAGCGAAUCCUUACCUCAGACAGACACUCCCAAGAAAGCAAGCAGGAAGAGUGGCAACCUGCCUGCCAAGAGAGCAUCUAUCAGCCGAAGUCAGCAUGACAUUUUACAGAUGAUUUCCUCCAAAAGAAGGAGUGGUGCUUCUGAAGCCAACUUGAUUGUUGCAAAAUCAUGGGCAGAUGUUGUAAAACUUGGCACGAAACAAACACAGACAAAAGUUGUAAAACAUGUUCCUCAAAAGCAGGCGAGCAAAAGACAAAGAAGACCUAAUACUCCCAAGAAACCUACAAGCAGCCUUCACAAUCAGUUUAGCACAGGCCAUGCAAACUCUCCCUGUACCAUUGUAAUAGGAAGAGCUCAGAUUGAAAAAGUAAGCAUGCCUGCUCGGCCCUACAAAAUGCUGAACAACUUGAUGUUAAACCAAAAAAUUGACUUCAGUGAAGAUCUGUCAGGACUAACUGAAAUGUUCAAGACUCCAGUGAAGGAGAAGCAGCAGCAGAUGAAUGACAUGGGCUCCAUUCUCUCCAAUUCAGAGAAUUUACCCGAAAAACAGUUUCAAGUAACUAAUUCAGGAGACAAACCUCUGCCUUUCACCUCAGAAAUUUUGGGAGAAAAUGCGCUCUCCAGUACCCAGAAUGCAGCAAAGGAACCGUCUGAUAAAUAUUCUGCAAGUCCUACUUUAAGACGGAGAAGCAUCAAAAAUGGAAACACUGUGCAAACUCCUGAGAAUGUCCAAAACAUUACUCACCUGGAAAAGAAGACUCCAGGCUCUGUGACAGAGCCUCUGAAGACAGUAUCCAGUGUGAGGAAGUUACGAAGGUCUAGAGAACUCAGACAUACACUUGGAGAAAGUAUGAAUGAAAGCACAGAGGCAGACCUUGACCAGGGCAUCAUAGUAAGAUACUUAAGGAAGACAUCACUGCAAGGACAAGAAGUGGAUCAACGGGUACAGGACAGUGAAAAGUGUUCACAAAGAUUCAAGGAAAGUGUUGAAUUAAAAGAAGAUCCAGAAAAAACAUCAGCUAUGAGAUCAAGUGCCAGGAAGCAGAAGCCAGCGAAAGACUUAAUAGGAAGUCAGAUGGUCACUCAAACAGCAGCCUGUCCUGAGGAACUAUUUAAUCAAGAAAAGGGAACCACAGAAAAACCAGAGGAAUCCAUGCACAAACAAAGUACACCAAUAAGUGAUGGUCAAAGAGCUGCAAAACAGAAAGGGGACAAAGUCCUUUGCAAAACCCCACAACCUACAACAGAUAACACCAAAACAAGCACGAAACCAUGGCACAGCACAUCUGGGAAGAAAGUAGACAUGAAGGAAGAACACUCUGAACAAAAGAAGUUUGUGCACAUGUCAGGAGGAACCAGGCAUACUCCCAAAGUUCCAGAACUUGUACACGGGGGAAUUAAAGCUUUGAAAGAAUCUGAAAAUCGAAUGCUGGACCUGACUGUAACUGGUAGCAAGAAGCCAGUAGGAAAAGCUAAAGAGAAGGCUCAGCCCAUGCAAGACCUGACUGGUUUCCAUGAACUCUUUUUAUCACCGGUCCCUGGUGACAAAAUCACAAAAAUGUUCAAUAAAUCACCAUAUCCAGAAUUUCCAGAACUGGCCAGAACCCCAGCAAGCAUUAAGAGACUGUCUAAGACAGGUCUUGGUAAGGGGGAUGUGAGAGAAGAGCUUUCAACACUUGGGAAACGAACAAAGUCACCAGGCAGAACCUCACACACACCCAUAGCAUCAGAGCUAGAAGAGAAUGAUACCACAGCCUUUGUGGAAACUCCAAAGCAGAAACUGGAUUUCACAGAGAAUUCAACAGGAUCUAAGAGAAGGUCACGGACACCUAAGAUGAGGGCUCAACCCCUAGAAGACCUGGAUGGCUUCCAGGAACUCUUCCAAACUCCAGCUGGUGCCAGUGACCCAGUAACUGUUGGGGAAACUACAAAGGUGUCUUUGGAAUCUCUACAACCCGCACAUAUCAGAACCCCAGCAAGCACAAAGAGACUGUCCAAGGCAGGUCUUGAUAAGGCAGAUGAGAAAGAAGAGCUUUCAACACUUGGCAAACGAUCAAAGUCGCCAGGCAGAGCCUCACGCACACCCACAUCAGCAGGGCAGCAGGAAAAAGGAAUAAAAGAAAUUAUGGAAACUUCAAGUAAGAAACUGGAGCUUUUAGGAAAUUUAACAGGGUCUAAGAAACAGUCUAGAACACCUAAGAAAGAGGGCCAAUCUCUAGAAGACCUUCCUGAUUGCCAGGAGCUCUUCCAAACACCAGACCCAUUGGUUGUUGGCAUAACCAAAAGAAUGUCCUUUAAUUCCCCACAACCAGAUCCUGUCAUAACCCUAAGAAGCAUAAAGAGACAGUCUAGGGCAAGUAUGGGUAAAAUGGAAGUGAAAGAAGAAUUUUCAGAAUCAGAGAAAUGCCAACAAAUAGAAAAGGCCAUAGACACACUCCAAGUAUCAAAUGAUAGCAAUGUCAUUAGAGCACCGAAGCAAUCUGCAAAGCGGAAACUGGAUUCAGCAGCUAGUUUGCCUAGCAGCAAGAGGCUACGACGUGUAUCUAAGGAUAAGACACCAUGCCUGGAAGACCUUAGUGGUUUCCAACAGCUUUUCCAAACACCAGGCCAUUCUAAGGAUUCACUGGCUAUUGGUGAAACUUUAAAAAUGCCCACCAAAUCUCCACAGUCAGGACCACUUAGAAACCACACCAGCAGAAAGAGUCUGCCCAAGAUCAGUCUCAGUAAAACAGAUGUGACAGAAGAACUUUCAGCUCUCCAGAAGCAGUCACCAGGCAAAGCCCCCACAGCAUCAGUACAAAUGGGUGAAGGAAUACAAGCAAUUAGGAAGACUUCAAAGGAGAAACUAGAGACUGCAGUAAGUGUAAUUGAGUUUACAAGACAGAGAAGAGCACCUAAGGUAAAAGCUCUACCUCUGGAAGACCUUGAUGGCAUCCAAGAACUCUUCCAAACACCAGACCACAGCAUUGAUCCAGUAAUUGGUAACAAAAGAACAAGUAUGUCCUUGAGAUCUCCACAACCAGGGAUUGUUAGAACCUUACAAACAUCAAAGAGACUAGCCAAGACAAGUCUUGGAAAAGAGCAUAUGAGAGAAGAGAUCUCCUCAGUGAAUAUACUUGGGUGUGCUGUAGGGGAGAAUGAACACACAUCCAGACUUCAAGAAGAUGAUGGGAGAGAGAACAAGGAUCUGGAGGAAUCUAGGAUUCUCACACUAGGCCCAUCAGUAAAUGUAACUGGCAGCAAGAAGCAGCGAGGGACACAUAAGAAAAGGUCUGAGUCCCCAGAAGACAUAUUUGAUCUUCAGGAACUCUUCCAAACACCAGCUAGUCAUAAAGACUCAGUGACUCUUCAUGAAACUACAAAAAUGUCUUUGGAAUCUUCAGAACAUUUCAGAACCCCAGCAAGCACAAAGAGACUGUCCAAGGCAGGUCUUGGUAAUGCGGAUGAGAGAGAAAAGCUUUCAGCACUUGGGAAACGAACAAAGUCACUAGGCAGAGCCUCGCAUAUAGCCAUAGCACCAGUGCUCAAAGAGAAUGAUACCAGAGCCCUUGUGGAAACUCGAAAGCAGAAACUGGAUUUCACAGAGAAUUCAGCAGGAUCUAAGAGAAGGUCACGGACACCUAAGAUGAGGGCUCAACCCCUAGAAGACCUGGAUGGCUUCAUGAGGGCUCAACCCCUAGAAGACCUGGAUGGCUUCCAGGAACUCUUCCAAACUCCAGCUGGUGCCAGUGACCCAGUAACUGUUGGGAAAACUACAAAGGUGUCUUUGGAAUCUCUACAAGCAGAGCCAGUCAGAACCCCAGCAAGCACAAAGAGACUGUCUAAGGCAGGUCUUGGUAAGGUGGAUGUGAGAGAACAACUCUCUCCGCUGAAUAAACGAACGUGUUCAGCACAGGAAGACAUGCAUGUACUCAGACUUUCAGAAAAUGAUGUCACAGGAACCAAAGAUUUAAAGGAAUCUGCAGCUCAGAUAUUAAACCCAGCAGUGAGUGUAACUAGCAGCAAGAGGCAGCAAGGGGCAUGUAAGAAAAAGUCCCAGUUCCCAGAAGACCUCUCUGGUCUCCAGGAGCUCUUCCAAACACCAGGCCAUGACAAGGAUUCAUUGGCAGGUGAUGAGCUCACAAAAAUGCCCCACAGAUCUCUGCCACCAGAGCCAAUAAACACUUCAGUAACCUCACAGAGACAGUCCAGAACUAGACGGAUGAAAGUUCAUGUGAAAAGUGAACCAUCAGGAGACAGAAUGCUUCCGCAAAUGUCAGAGGAAAUCAUGGACAUAUCUAGAGUACCUGAAUGUGAAGGCAAGGGCAUUAGAACAAGGAAGCAAUCUGUAAAACGGAAAUUGGACACAGCAGUCAGUGUGCCCAGCAGCAAGAGACAACGAGUUGCACGAGCAGAAAAAGCACAGACCCUAGAGGAUCUGCCUGAGUUCCAAGAGCUCUACCAAACUCCAAGCUUGGCAGUGGAGCCAGUGAUUGUUGACAAAACCACAAAGGUGCCCAGCAAAUCUCCAGAGCCUGUGGACAUAACUUCAGAAACACAGACAGGAAGAAGACUCAGGAGAGUGGGUGUGAUGAAAGAGCCUCUAGCACAAAGAAAGACUACAAGAGUGUUGCGGGAAACCAGAAACACAUACAAAGAGCCUGUGGGUGACAACAAAGAUGUCAAAGAGUUUAAGGAAUCUUCAAUGCAGAAACAAGACCCAGCUGUAAUUUUAACCGGUAGGAGGAGGCAACCAAGGACACUUAAGGAGAAGACCCAACCCUUGAAGGAGCUGCCCAGCAUCCAAGAGGAAACAGCCACAAGAAUAUCUUGUGAAUUUCCACAACCAGAAGAAAAGGAAAGCUCAGCAUCUUCAAAGAGGCAGCUCAGAAUACAACUGUGCAAAGUAGGUGUGAAAGAAGAGCCCACAGCUCAGAGAAAGCCACGAGGCAGGGUAACCAGGAAUACACUCAAAGAGCCCAUGAGUGAUAGUGGAAAUGCUGAAGAGCUUAAGGAGUCUACAAAGCGGAAGAUUGACCCAGUAGCAAGUGUGCCUGUCAGCAAGAGGCCACGGAGGGUACCCAGAGAAAAGACACAACCCCUGGAAGUCAGUGGACCCAUAGAACCAGUCCAAAUUCCAGGUCACACUGAGGAAUUAGCAAGUGAUGAAAGACCCACAAGGGUGCCCUGUGAUUCUCUACAACCAGAGCAAGCAGACAACCUCCAGACCUCACCAAGACGUCUUAGGACAAGAUGUGGGAAAAUAGAGGUGGACCAAGAACCUUCAGUAGUGAAGAAGACAGUGCCAACAUCAAGGCAAACUACACGAUCCCGCAAGGUCCCUGUAAUUGAUGACAAAGACACCCAAGCUUCAAAAGAGUCUGGAGAGCAGCAAUUAGAAACAGUUGCCAAUGUAACUGGCAACAGGAGGCAGCUAAGGGCACAUAAGAAUGAGGUCCAACCUUGUGAAGUCCUGGGUAACUCCAAAAAAUUAAUUCAAAUAUCAGAGCACACUGAGAAACUAAGGCAUGACACCAGUACCCUUAAGAGCACGAUACAGCAAAUGCCAGACCCCAUAAAACCUCUGAGAACAAGCAGGAGAGUGCUAAGGGCCUCUAAAGAGGACACUGUGGAAACUGUGGAAAUGUUGGUGGAUACCAGAGACCCUGCAGAAUCACAAAGCAAAAGCAACACUUUUCUGUCCCCCAAGAGAAAGCCUGCAAGAGGUGGAGGCGGUCCAAGAACCAGGGGGUUGUGCUCUGUGACUCCAAAUCAGGAAGCAAUAGAUGAGAAACCUGCACCUAAGAAACAGAGGGCUGCUCCCAGCAAGAGGCACGUGUCACCUGAGCCUGUGGAGAUGAAACACCUGAGAAUCAUGUCAAGCAAAACUGAACCAGUGGAAGAGCAGAUUAGCAAUGUCAUGAAAACAGAAGAGGAAGCCCAAGUAGAAAACUCAACCCCUCCAGAUCAGAAAAUGCCUCUGCCCUCCAGAUACCGAAAAAAAAACAGUGAAAAACAUCCAAGGCCCAAGGUUGGUGCAUCUACAGAGAAGGAUGGGAUGAAGACAAACGAGAAGACCAUGAAGAGCUCCCAGGAGACAGAGCUGCAGAGCACAGAUGAUGGAGCCAAGAAGUCUCCAUCUAGGGGCAAAGGCAGUGGGAAAAGAACUUGCUUAAGGUCUGGAGGACAGAGUGAGAUUCCCCAGCCUCGUGCAGCAGAGCAGAAAACAAGUGAGACUGCUGCAAAAAUCUUGAAGACGCAGAAAGAG